GCUUGGCGAGGCUGCUUCUCCUCAUCCUGGGUUGGCUGCUCUUGCCCUCUGUCUGUCUGUCUGUCGAUCUCGCUGUCCAUCGGCGCAGUCGUGUGUCUGUCGGUCUGGUUGCCGAUCCAACCGUCGGCGAUAUCAAGCCAGAGCACCAUCCAGCAUUCAGCACCCUUCGCACAACACCCUUCACACAACAUCUCACCCAAAUGGAGCUGAAUCUGUUCUCGUACACAUCCGUCGCAAGAGACGACUCGGCCCAGCCCGGUCAGUCCGCACGCUCGUCGCAUCUCCCACUGCGUGAGGCCCCAGCCCGUCCCGAGCCUGCCCAGAGCCAAGAGUCGACCGAGUCGACCGACGACCUCGAUCCGCCGCCAACAUACAACAGCAUCGUGCCGCCAUUUGCCAUCGCAUGCAGCCGGUUCGUGGCUCAUCGGCGAUGGAUCAUCAACCUCGUCGUCACGGCGGGCGUCUUUGUCUUCCUGACUGUCAUGUUUGUUCGGACGGGAUCGUCGGGCCCGGCAAACCACUGCACGCAGCCGCCCCCGAUGUCGCCCUCGACCAACACCUCCAGCGGCCACCAGCCCUGGAGCGCACAAGUCUUCACCGACCCCGAGUGGCAGAAUCUCUUUGCCAAGCGGUUAGGCCAGGCCAUCUCGUUUCAAACAGUCUCGUACGAUUCUGUUGCCGGAGCUGGGCUGUCGAAUCCCACAAACUAUUCCGAGUUUGACCGCUUUCACCAGUUCCUGCAGAGCUCAUACCCGCGCAUCCACGACAAGUUUGCCUGGACCAAGGUCGCGAACUACUCGCUGGUGUACAUCCUGAAGGGCUCCGAUCCUUUGCUCAAACCAAUGAUGCUCUCGGCCCACCAAGACGUCGCCCCCGUCUCCCCAACCUCGGCCGGCCAGUGGUUCUACCCGCCAUUCUCGGGCACCAUCACGUCCGGGUAUAUCUGGGGCCGCGGCGCUAGCGAUGCCAAGAACUCGAUGAUGGCGAUGCUGGAGGCAAUCGAGAGCCUGUUGACGACGGGCUUUGAGCCCCGGCGGACCAUCAUCAUGGCAUUCGGGCAUGACGAAGAGACCGAGUCGGCGGGUGCCCAGGCAAUCGCUGCAUACCUCGAAGCGAACGGAUACCUCGGCAACGUCGAAUUUGUGCUGAAUGAUGGAUCCAUGAUUCGACCCGAGCUCGACACCAACUUUGCCAGCAUAGGCACGGCCGAGAAGGGAUACAUGGACAUCCAGAUCACGGUCCGGACGCCUGGCGGAUCAUCGGUCGUCAUGCCCAUCCGCUCGUCGAUCGCCGUUCUGUCGGCCAUCAUCGGGCAGUUACAAAUCACCCGGUUCACACCCAAGCUGCACGACCUCGACCCGUUCAUGGUCCAGCUGCGCUGCUACGCCGAACAUGCGCCUCCAAGUGCCGUCGAGCUGUCCCAGGACCGUCGCAAUCUGAUCAUGGGCGGGUCGUUCUCGCGGACGUUUCUGAUCAAGAUCCUGUCCGAGUCGCCAGUCUUGUAUUCGAUGAUGGCCACGACCGAAACCGCGACCGUGAUCCAGGGAGGCCACAAGUCGAAUACGCUGCCGGACCAGGCCAGCGCGGUCCUCAACCACCGCAUCGCCUCUUUCGACUCGUCUACCUCUGUGCGCAAGCACAUUGUCGACACCGUCCGCAGGAUGGAAGAGGCUUUUGGAUUUGAGAUCUUCCUGUACGACGAAAACACCAACAUCCGGACGGCAAUCCGCAAAGUCGACACGGCGUCCCACGGCGAUCCCAAGUUUUCCGGGGCGCAGUACUUUGAGGCGAUCUCGUUUGGCGAGAUUGAGGUCCGGGUGCUGAGGGGCACUGUCGAGCCGAGCGUCGUUUCGGACAGCUUUGGAAGCGAGCCCUUUGACGUGCUGGUGGGCACCAUCCGGCAUGUGUUUGAGCCUCGGCGACAUGGCAGCUACCACCCGAUGCCUGAUCAGCGGGUGUAUGGCACGCCGACGCUCGAGCCGGGGAGCACAGACGCCAAGUGGUAUCGCAAUCUGACGAGCAACAUAUUCCGAUUCAGCCCGUUCUUUUCGAACGAAACGUUUGGUUCGCACGACGUCAACGAACGCAUCGGCCAGCACACGUAUUCGUUAGGGGUGCUGUUUUACCACGAACUCGUGCGCAAUUUUGACGAGGGCAAGCGAAGCCGGACACGGUCACAACACGACUCUCGAACGCAAGCAUAGACGAGGGCCGGAGCUAGACCAUAGAUCUGCAGCGGGUCCCAAGACUCACAACGGCGAUGAUGGAGGGCAAGUCGCGGCAAGCAGGCAGUCGUUUGAUUGCGGGGAGUACAACACCGAAUACAUUUGGUCGAUCUGCCGUGCAUUCAAGGCCGAAUCCAGUGG